AUGAACCUACCGGAAUUUCCCUCCGGCGGAUCCUUAACGCCGUCUCCAAAGAAAGAGCUACAAAUACAAGGCGCACGUCCACCGCCUCUCAGAGUCAGCAAGGAGUCUCACACAAUCCGGAAACCACCUCUUCCUCCGGCGGCUCACCACCAUCCUCCAGCAGGAGCCUCACAGCACCGACAACCCCUCAUAAUCUACUCCGUUUCUCCGAAAGUCCUCCAUGUUACUGAAAGUGACUUCAUGGACGUCGUUCAGCGUCUCACGGGACCUUCAACUAGCGAUGAAGCUAAUCAGCAAUCAGGAGCGGUUUCCCCGGCGGCGAGACUUGCUUCUAUAGAAAGAACGAGUCCGACGGAGAGAGAAAGGGCUCCAAACGUAGAUGAUGAAUUGACGUGGUUGUUAGAAGGAGUUGAAAUGGGACAGUUCCCUGGGAUAUUAUCGCCGGCACCGGCGGCUUUACCGCCGAUAUCGCAGGGGUUUUUUUCACCGAUGAAUGAACCACAAACGACGCCGUUUUGGCAUGAUAUGAGUCCGUUUUGGUAUGGGAGUAACUUCGUGGGGAGUCCGUCGGGGUUGCUUUCUGCCGCCGUGGUUUCGCCGUUGCCGUCGCCAGAUCUGUUUAGUAUUUUUGACUAA